AGUCACGGUCUAGGUUUAAGUCACGGUUUAGGUCUAAGUCACGGUCGAGGUCUAAGUCACGGUCUAGGUAUAAGUCACGGUCGAGGUCUAAGACACGGUGUAGGACUAAGUCACGGUCUAGGUCACGGUCGAGGUCUAAGUCACGGUCGAGGUCUAAGACACGGUGUAGGACUAAGUCACGGUCUAGGUCUACGUUGCGAUCUAGGUCUAAGUCACGGUCUAAAUCUAACUCACAGUCAUUGUCUAAGUCACUGUCAAGAUUACAGUCACCGUCUAGAAUGAAAUCA